AACGCGGAAGAAGCUAAAGGGUAACUGGUGGGGUAAAUAUUUUGCCAUACUAGGAAGAUUUUUAUUCAGUGUGAGUGCACGGCAUUGCGCGUGACGGCUGCCAGGGGCAGAGUGCAGCUGUGUUUUUACAUGACAGUGUACACAUUAAAUAGAUAUAGACAUUCUAAAUAGUAAAACAAUGACCUCCAUUCCUCUGUUUAUUACGUUAUGGACCGCUGGUGUUUUUUUAAAGCAAGGAACUGCUGUGCAGAUCAGCAGACCGCUGAGAUUAGCCAAGAUUGUAGGCUUUGCCUGGGCGAACUGCGGAAAGGUUGAUGAUCCAGCUGUUAUGAAGAGUCUUGAUUUCUCUCCAGAUCCCAUUAACAUUCCAGGAGAUUUGACAGCAAGUGCAUCUGGGACAACCUCAGUAGCUCUGGUGUCUCCUCUCUCUGUAAAUGUCACUCUGGAGAAGGAGGUGGCUGGUUUCUGGGUCAAGGUCCCAUGUGUGGAUGAGCUAGGGAGCUGCCACUAUCAGGAUAUCUGUGAUAUACUGGACCAGCUCAUUCCUCCAGGUCAGGACUGUCCUGAGCCUCUGCACACGUACGGCCUUCCCUGCCACUGCCCCUUCAAAGCAGGUGACUACUCUCUACCUCAGUCUAUUUUCUCCCUGCCAAAAAUGGAGCUGCCUUUCUGGCUAACCAAUGGUCAGUACCGUGUCCAGGGGGUGCUGGGAAUCAUAGGCAAAGAGCUUGGAUGCCUUAAAGUUACCCUUACUCUACACUCAGAUUAACUAGCAGAACAGAGAGGUGGUGUGGGACCCUUUAUUACUCAGUGCAUGCAUUCUGUUCAAUAGUGGUGCAAUUUAGAAACUUGCUGAAUUGGGUACUUACUAAUGUAAAUAUCCCUGUUUUCCUUUGAUUUGUGAUGAGUAGAAUUAUCACGUCUAAUCUGGUUUUAUGAGUGUAGUUCUGAGCCUGUUUUUGAUCUAAAAUGAUUAUGCGCUUACGAUUUGCUACAUAAAUGGACCAGUGAAAAGCUCAUGCACUAACAAUGAUUUACAUGAUUUAAGAUUUCAUUUUAAUGUAAUCAAAGAAACAAUCGUUUUUAGUCUGUUAUUGUGUCUUUUAGGGGAAAAUGUCAUCUCAUAUGUUUUUAAUUAUGUUUAAUUAGGAUUACUGGUUUACAUUGUGAAUGUUUACUGUUUAGUGUAACCAUGGGGAAAAAAUAAACAAAGAACAGUUGCCUGAAGGUUUUUCCUUGCAUGCUGUAAAUCUUGUGAUGAGGAACAUCCUGAUAUUAUCAGUGUUGUUCAACUCUGGGCUUUUGCCUAAAAAUGCUUUAGGCAAAAGAUCUUUUAAAUGAAAUGUUUUAUCAAUAAACAGAGAUUUGUCAUAGA